AUGGUCGCAGACGCUGUUGUCUACCACCCUGCGCUGGCGCAUUACUUGCGCUUUGUCGCGACCACCGUCGGUCGUGACAAGAUUAUGCGGACCCUGCAAUAUUUCUCGCGCUUCUACGCCUGGUACCUCCUGCGCACGAACCGCCCGCAAUCCGCCAUCGAGCCCUUCAACGCCAUCAAGAAGCAAUUCGGCACCACCCGCAAGAUCAUCCGCAUCGGCAAGUUUCUCGAGCAUCUGAAAGCCGCCGCCAUCGCAGCUGAUAACAAGGCCCCCAUCGACCCGGUGCUGCGCUACCUGGCCAUCGGUCGCCAGCUGGGCUAUGCAGGAUACCUGACGCUGGACACGAUUGGGGUCGUGGACACGAUGGGGAUCAAGAAGUUGAGCUAUGCGAAGAAUUUGCAGGAGAAUGCGUACCGGUGCUGGAUGGUGGGGUUGAUUUUCAGUGCUGUGUCGAGUGUGUACUCGUUGUGGAGGUUGCAAGAGAAGGAGAAGACGGUUGAUCGGAAGGAGGGUGAGGGUGUUGUUGAGGCGAAGAAGAUUGAGAAGGAGCGCUCGACCGCUCGCACUCAGCUCGUUUCGGACGUUUGCGAUUUGGCCGCGCCCGUCUCCGCCCUCAAGUACAUGGAUCUAGACGACGGUAUCGUUGGUAUUGGUGGUACCAUCUCCAGUUUGAUUGGUUUGCAGUCCCAGUGGCGCAAGACUGCAUGA